AUGGGGAUUAAUUAUCUCAGUGGAAGAAUCCCAAGCUCCUUGUGCAAUGCCACUAUGCUUAAUACCAUAGAUUUGGCUUACAAUUCAUUUUCUGGAUACAUUCCAGACAUUUUUGGCAGCUUAAGAAGUCUCCAGCUGCUCAAUCUUGGUAAAAAUAAUUUGACAAGUGAUUCAUCCGAUUCAGAGCUAAGCAUUAUAAAUUCUUUGACAAAUUGUAGAUUUCUCAAAGAGUUGACAUUUUCUCGAAAUCCAUUGGAUUCCAUUCUUCCAAUAUCGGUAGGAAAUCUUUCUACUUCUCUGGUUGACUUGAAUCUUCGGGGUUGUUCAAUGAGAGGCACCAUUCCAGCAAGUAUUGGCAACUUGAGCAGCUUGAUAAAACUUGACCUUGGUACUAAUAAUUUUGUUGGAACCUUUCCUACUAGCAUAGGGAAAUUAAUAAAGCUACAAGGCUUCUAUUUACAUGACAACCAAUUGGAAGGAUUUGUUCCGAAUCAAUUGUGUCAACUAAGGAGCUUGGAUUUGUUUACCGUUAAAAGCAACAAGUUCUCUGGCCCUAUACCUUCUUGCUUAAGCAAUCUUACCUCAUUAAGACGGCUUUGGCUUUCUUCAAAUAAAUUCAACUCAAUACCUUCCACCUUGUGGGAGCUGUCCGAUUUAUUGCUUUUAGACUUAUCUUCCAAUAAUUUAAGUGGAUAUCUCCCACUAGAUAGCGGAAAUCUAAAAGCCAUAAGUUGGAUUUAUUUAUCAGGAAAUCAAUUUUCAGGUAGCAUCCCAAGAAGCCUCAGCAAUCUUAUGAAUUUGGCUUUUCUUACCUUAGCAAGAAACAAAUUUGAAGGGCCCAUCCCAGAAUCAUUUGGUCGUAUGGUAAGUUUGGAACAACUUGAUUUAUCAGAAAAUAACUUGUCUGGUGUCAUUCCUAAAACAUUGGAGGCACUUGUGUAUCUGAAAUAUUUCAAUGUUUCUCACAAUAAGUUAAAAGGAAAAAUCCCGGAUGGGGGACCUUUUGCAAACUUCUCAGCUCAGUCGUUCAUGGGGAAUAAAGAAUUAUGUGGUGCUCCACGUUUCCAUUUUUCGGAAUGUAAAAUUGAAAAAUCCCGAAAAUGGAAUGCACAUAUUGUGUUGACAUAUGUUUUACCUGCAGCAAUAGUUGUCACCCUUCUUGUGGCAUUCCUUUGCAUCCUAAAAUUCCGGAAGCACAAGGUGGUCAACAAUUCAGAGGUGAAUCAAUCAGGAGAAAGAUGGAGAAGAAUAUCAUACUAUGAAAUUCAGCAAGCAACAGAUAGGUUCAAUGAUGGCAACUUGCUUGGUGUAGGGAGUUUUGGAAGAGUGUAUAAAGGAGUACUCUCAGAUGGGACGAAUGUUGCAGUAAAAGUGUUUAAUCUAGGGCUAGAAGGAGCAUUUAGGAGUUUUGAUGCUGAAUGUGAGAUAUUGCGCAGUGUCCGCCAUCGAAACUUAACCAAAAUCAUUAGCAGCUGCAGCAACAUGGACUUCAAGGCAUUGAUCCUAAGCUACAUGCCUAAUGGGAGUUUAGAGAGGUGGCUACACUCGGAACACCAUAGCUUGAGUAUGAUCCAGAGGCUAAACAUAAUGAUAGAUGUUGCAGAAGCAAUGGAUUAUCUGCACAAUGGUGGUUCUGUACCAAUUAUACAUUGUGAUUUGAAACCGAGCAACAUAUUACUAGAUGAAGACAUGGUUGCCCACGUGACUGAUUUUGGCAUUGCAAAAUUGCUGAGUGGGGAUGACUCCAUCACUCAAACCAUGAAUCUAGCCACAAUAGGCUAUAUGGCCCCUGAAUAUGGACUUGAGGGAACAGUGUCUAGACAAGGUGAUGUGUAUAGCUAUGGAAUUUUACUUAUGGAGACCUUCACACAGAAAAAACCCACUGCUGAAAUGUUUGUGGGAGAGUUUAGCAUCAAAGAGUGGGUGAAAAUGUCAUGCCCUGAUUCACUACUUGAUAUCAUUGAUGCAAAAUUAUUAGUGGAAGAAGGAGAGCCAAAUACCAAACAGGAUUGCUUGUUGUCUAUAGUGACUCUAGCUCUGGAUUGCUCAGCUGAGUCACCUGGGCUAAGGAAAAAUAUGAAAAGUGUUGUGGUUGCGCUCAAGAAGAUUAAAAGAUUACUCUUGAACUAAAAACACAUUGCUUGAACUGUGUAUUUGUUGCUGUGUUCUGUUUUUUCUUUAAUAGUUUAGUUUUUAAUUUGUUUGUUGUAAUGUUU